AUAAACUUUUGAUAGUUAUUAACAUUUUAAAAUAAAAACAAAACUAUAAAAAAACUGUUGGAAAUGUACCUGAAUCUGAUAUUCUGAUCUUGCCUGCUCAGUGCUCAGUUCUUCUAUCUUAGUUUACCUGUGAAUUAUAGUUUUUAUUUAUAUAUGUAACAUGAUAAUUUAAGUAUCAGUAUAUCUGAAAUGGUCAUUAAUUAUCUUUAAAAAAAAUACCCUACAAUGACCAUGUUAAUUUGUGUAAACGAUUUGUAAAAGAUCAACAAUAAUAUUGAUGAAUUCAAUUAAAAUGUUUGAACUUGAAGAUUUUGAUUUAGACGAUGAAGUAGGUUACUUAUUUUGUCAUUAUUUUAAUGUGUUUAUUAUUUAAGAUUUAAUUUUUAAAUCUUUUAUUAUAAUAUAUACCUAUUCAUUAUUAUUUAUAUAUUCACUUAUUAUUAUUAAUAUUGUUUUUAGGUAUUUCUAAACACUCAGAUACCAGCAGUCAUAAAUAAGUCUCCAAUAAAAUCAUCAAAUAAUACCGAUUGUGAUACUUUCAAUUUUAUAGAAGACAAUGUAUUACAUUAUCUCUUCUUUAUACAUUUUUAUUUAAAUUUAAUAAAUUAUAAUAUGUACUUUUAUUUAUUUGUUAGCUAUUCCUCAAUAUAUCAAAUCCCAAUGAUGAAUUGGAAUCUUUACAUUCUCAGAAUAUUGAAUCUAAUCAUGUUUCUCAGAAAGAACAAAAUAAAAACGAAUCCGAUUUGCAGAGUAAUGUAUGUUUAGUUUCUUUUUUUUUUUUAAUAUCAAUAUUAAAAGUACAAUUAAUUCUAACACUCCAAUAUAAUCAAUUUAUCAACAUUAAUAUAAUAAUAUUACACUAUUAAAAAUUGAAAAUAGAAAUUAUUAAUAGUAAAUUAUUACAUGUGUUUUUCUCAUUGUUCUUUUAUUUAUUUUCAAGAUACACACUGUGCUUAUAACAGAACAUGUAUCAGAAAUAACAAAACCAGUCAAUAAAUGUGUGAACAAAAACCUUAAAUUGACAUUUGAUGAUGAAUUUGAUUCUGACGAUGAAGUAAUAUUUUGUAAUAUUAUACAUUUUUUUAAAUAUUUGUGUUGUAGUUUUUAUUUUUAUUUUAUUUCUAUUUAUUAUUUCAGGCAUUUUUCAACACACCCGAAAUUUUACAUGAACCUAUAAAUUCUCUAAAAACAAAUGACUCUUCUAAUAAAAGAUUCAAUGAGAGCAAAGAUUAUAAUGAGGUAUACUUUAUUUUUAUGUUCUAUAAUUCAAGUAAAUAUUAGCAUUAAAAACACAACCUAAUUCACAUUUAAUAUUUAAAUGGAAUUACUGUUUAAUAUAGUUUUGUCCUAAUAUUAAAAUUUGUAUUCAAAAUUAAUAACUGUUGUCUGUUUUUAAUUUUAGAAUAUUUCAAAUUCUGUAACUCACAAGUCAAUAUUAAAAUCUCCUAAUAUUAAAAGUAAUUUUAAAGAUCAUAUUUGUUAUCUUAUUAAAUACUUUUUUAACCACUGAACAUCAGAAUCAAAUAGGUAUAUAAUAUACUUUUUUGUAUAUUUUGCCAGAUUUGAAUAAAUCAAGUUUUAAUAAUCAUCUCAAUACAACAGUUACUAGUGUAAAAACGACACCGAAACAUUCUUCUAGAAAAUUUCCAGGCCCUGCUGGACUACUUUCAGAAGAUGUAAUAAUUUUAGUAGUAUUUGGCUUUACCAAUUAAAUAUCUUUAAAUAAUUCAGUUAUUUGAUUAAUUUGCCUAUAUCUUUUAUUUUUAGGAGAAUAUACAUUCAGAAGAUCCUGCAGACUUAGAAUCUUUAGAUAUGUCAAUUAGUAUUUUUGAAAGUGACAAAAAAGAAGAAGUAAUUAAUUUAAUUGUUUCAAUAAUUUCAAAUCUGUUUCAAAAACAAUUUAAUAGUUUAAAUAUAAAACUAUUUACUAAAAGGAUUUAUUAUGCAUGUAUCCACUUGUGCUGUCUCCAUCAUACAACCGUGCGACAGCAAAUUUUAGUUUUAAUAUUAGUGUAAAUUGACCUAAUAUCAAACUUAAAGUUAAAAAUAUUGUCUGUGUCAUGUUGUUAUUUCUAAGUGGGAUAUGAAUAUGUAAAAUAUCAUAAUUUAAUAAUGCUUGUAUCUCAUUUCAUAAUAAUAUAUUGAAGAAAAUAAUGAUGAUGUGACAUAGAUUAUAUUCUUAUCUUUAAGUUUGAUACUACAUCAAUUCACUUUAGUAUUACAACUAACAGCACAAAAUUAUCCCUGCUGAACUAAGCAUUGCUGUCACACGGUUGUAUAACAUAUACAGCAAAUGCGAGUAUAGCAUCAUAUUAAAUGUAUUAUUCAUUUACCAUAAUUAUUAGUUCUAAUUUGUAUAUACAUAAUUAAUUCUAACUUAUAUUAUUGUAUUCUACUUAGAAUUUGUGCACUCAAGCAAAUGAUUCAUCAUUCUCAUCAUUGCCAUAUCAACAGUUCCUAUCAGACUUUGUCAGUACCGAUGUUGAUAUGUUAUUAAAUCAAUUUAACGUGGCAUCCCUAAAGCAAAAAAUACUUCCAUUUAUUGCUUCUGGUCGAUUUUUCACAGAUAAAAUACCAUUUUUUGUUUCUGUCAUAAAAGAAAUAAAUUGUUUAUCUCCUGAUCCAACAGUAGUACUAGCUGAUAAAACAGGGCAUGUUAGAGGAACGAUUCAUAGAGCAGUUUGGAACCAAUUUAGCUGUCAGCUAAAAUUAGGUGCUGUUCUAGUGUUAUCAAAAGUUGGUGUAUCGUGUCAAAAAAUAGUAAAAGGUUUUACGAUGAAUAUAACUAGUGAUCACUUAGUCGCCAUUUACAGUUUUGCUUCUGGUUAGAUUAUUUUUAUUCCCAAUAUGUUUAUUUGUAUUCAUUUAUAAUAAUUUUAAUGUAAUUGAAUAUGUGGUUUUAUAGAAGAUACGGGAGAAGUGAUUGUCACCCGAACAACAGAUCUGACGAAUAAAGAAAUUGUCAAUGAUGCUAAAAGAUGGAAUAUAUCAAAUAAUUUGGUAUCUACGAGAAUAACUGCGCAUGAUGAAAUAAGAAGUCGAAUGAUUGCGCUCAAUAAUUUAAAAUUACAUACAAUUUCUUUGAAUCAGAAUUCUCAACCAUCAAAUUUAGAUUAUCAAACGACUAAAAAUGUUCCUCUACAAACCACACCUGUUAAAAAUAUUUUUGUACCCAAAGCUCCCGUAGCACAUAAUUUAAUAAAAAACUAUUCCUGUAAUAAGUUGUUCGAAGAACCACCAGCUAAACGGAUAAGAAAUGAUGAGUAUGAAUUCAAAAAUAUAGACAAUUAUUCACAUAAUGAAAGGUCUAUAAUUGAAAAUAUAUUUGAAGGCAUUGAUGAAGAAGAAAUGUUCAAUGAUUUUUGUUGUUAAUUUUUGUUGUUCACUUGUUAACCGUAUGCUUUUAGUUGUACAAUGUUAUUUUAGUUCAAAGAUGUAUUUUUAAUUUCUCUUGAUAGUAGAUUGUCCAAGUUUAAUUAUUUGUAACAAAAUCAAAUUAUUUUUAAUAAUUGUGUAUUAAGAAUGCUAUAGCUAGUAAGCUAUACUAAUGCUAUACUAUUUGUUGUACUAAAUUUGUGUUGUUUCUGUUCCUUAUUUUUAAUAAUAUAGAAUAUUAUGAUCAAUGUGAUUCAAAUAUAAUUUUAACUCUCAAGUUCAGUUUAUAUAACACAUUUGUUUAAGUAAUAGGUAUUAACAAAUUGCCAUAUUAUAAGUUAUAAUCUUCUUGCUAAGGAAAAAUGUUGAUUGCAUAUAAAUGAACUACAUAGUAACUAUUAUUUUUUAUUAAUAUGUAAAAUUAAUAUACUAUUAUGUAAUACCUGAUCGACUUAAUGCAUUUUAUAUAACUAUCAUAUUGUAUUUCAUAGAUCUCUUUAAAAACAAAAUUUAAUGCACAGUCUCUUAAUUUGUUUAUUUUAAAAAUAUGAUGUUAAUACUUAGUAUACAAUAAAUAUUUCUACUUUAUCUAAUCAGUCUUUCUA